AUGGGGAAUGAACUUUAAUCAUCCUCGAAUUCGACAUAAUAUUCUUAUAUGUUUCGAGGAAAAUAAUUGAACAUUAAAAACAUAAACUAACCUCCAAAGUUUUAAAUUAAUGUAGAUAAUUUUGAAGAAAUAUUUGAUUAAAUACUUUCUGAUACAAAUCUAGAAAAAAAGAAGUUUUCAAACUUAAAUCUGAAAUAAAAAUAAUUGUUAUUAGUUCUGCAUUAUUAUGCUCUAAUUAAUGAAAAUCCUUUGAUAAAUAAUCUAAAUUAAGAUUCUGAUUUAUUAAUCUAUAUUUCUUUUUAUUAAGAAAUAAAAGCACUGAUAGGUUUAAAUGAUGAGCUAUUAACUAAUUAAUUAAUACCCUAUGCAUUUCCGAUUGUAUAAAAAUAAAUUGAAUAUCUAAGUUUAAAUAGAAAUACUCUGAAUAUUUAUGAUAAGUUAUAUGUAAUGCUAUAAGGCAAUUUGCUUUUUUUAGGGAAAACACUAGAAUAAUAGUAAUUAAUAACUUUAACAAAUAAUUUAUCACGAAUAAUCAAAAUACCAAAUAGUUAGAUAUUAGCUUAAAUAUACUAAUAAUAUGAAAAAAUAUCUUGGAGAUAAAUUAAUGGAUAUUAAUUGAUAGAAUCACUAAUGAAAAAGUAGAGUUAAGAAUUUUGUUUACUUUAAACAAUAUAGUAACUGGAAACAUCCUCAGAUAAGAAACUUGUAAGAUAUAUUUAUAUAUAGAUUUUAUUAGAUUGCAGCCAUAUUAUCAUUUAUAAAUAAUUUUGUUGAACUAUCUAACGAGAAAAUUCAAUUAAAAUAGUUGUUAUUAGUUCAUGGUGUAGAAUUAAUAUUUUAAGAUAUAAAGAAAAAGUUAGAAGAUAAUUUAUUAGUUUUUUAAGAGGAUUAUUCAAUUUUAGUGGGAAUUAAGGAAAAUUCUAAUGACUUAAAUAAUAUCAUAAUUAAGCAUAUAUCUGCCUUUGAGACUUUAUUAGAGUCAGGGGAACCAAAUAUUAGGGAAUCAAUUAAUCAAUUUAGAAUUUCAUACAAUCCAAAAUCUUAACCUAUUAAUAGAGUUUCAGUUGGUAAUGUUCAAUUAGCCUAAGUUGUAUUUCCAGAGUAAUUUUUGUUAAGUUUAUAACACUUCUCUUCAGAUUUUAAUCAAUAAUGCGGCAUUCAUGAAUGCAUGAAAAAACUUUAAAGAUUCUUAUCAUAAGCAGAGGUUUAUGGUAAAAAUAUAAUCACAAAAAUAUUAUAAAUAGUAGCUUAAAACUGUUUAGAUGAAUAUAAUAACUAAGAAAUUUAGAUAGAAGACUUAAAAAGACAAUUAAAUGAUUUUUAAACAUAAAAAAUUGUCUACCAAACAUAAUGUAUAAAAUUAGAUUUAUUUAUUAGUGAAGCAAACCUAAAGUGUCUUAUAUAAGCUAAAAUAAGCUUUAAAUAUGUAUUAGAAGCGCAUAGAUAAUUAAUAAUCAUCUGAUUCAGUCACCCAGCUAUAGGGAUUAGAUGAAACGAUUCUUUUAUAAAAGAUUGAUGGUUCUUUGUAGAUUCACCCUAGCGAAUAAAAUAAGGAAACACCUGUCUUAAUGAGCUGUUCUCUACCUGUAUAAAAAAGUGCUCCUUCAGUUCCUCCAUCAUUGCCACCACCACCACCACCUCCUCCUCCACCUCCUUAAAAGACAGUUUAAGUUUAAAAUAAAAAGGAUAUUAGACAAAGAAGAAAACCUACUUAACAAUUAAUCUGCGUUGGCAUAACAGAAAUUAAAUAAAUGAAGAGUAAUAUAUUUUAAACUCUUGAUGAUUCUAAAAUUGAACUAAAAUUUGAAGAAUUGGAUAAGCACUUUUAAAAGAAUUAAUCUAAGAUUGCAAUUUCAUUACCUAGCUCUUCUUAAAUUAAGAUAAAAUAGUAAUAGGUUUUGACAUUAGAUAGAUCGAGAAAUAUUGAAUUAAUUUUAGUUAAAAUUAAAAUUAAAAUGGAUGAUAUGAUUAAUUAUAUAAAAGAAAUGAACUAUUCGAAGUUUACUUCUGAUGAUAUUGAAAGUUUAAUUCAAAUACUUCCAACAAUACAAGAAAUCUAAGAAUUUAAGAAAAUUGAAAAUAUAAGUGUGUUGAACAGACCUGAACUCUUUUUAUAUAACUUAAUCCAAAUAGAAAAUUAUUAUGAAAGAAUUAUAGUGUUUCAAAUUUUAUUAAAUUAAAGUCAAAAUGAAAUUUAGAAUGAAUUAAAAUUAAUAGAGGAAUAGAUUUAAUCUAUUCAAUCCAAUGUGAAAUUAAAAAAGCUAUUAUGUUACAUUUUAGCCGGAAUAAAUUAUUUGAAUAGUUCCUCAAAUAAAGAUUCUUAUGGAUUUAAACUAUCUGAAUUUAGUAAGAUUGCUCCAAUUAAGUCAAAUAAUUCUUCUAAAAUUAAUUUUCUUAGUCUUAUACUUAGAAUGGCUGAAUAAAAUGAAGGGGAAUUAAUAGGGGAGGAAGAUUUUAAUUUACAAUAAUUAAAAAAAUUAUCAAAAGUUUCACUAAUAAAUAUUAAAAAGUAGAUUGAAAAAUAAGAAUAAGAAAAAAAAUUAAUAAUCAAAUAUUCAGAUAAAAUCAAAGUAGAUAAUUUAGAAUUAUGUCAAAAAUAAAAUCUAAAUGAACUUUAUUCUAAGGUUAAUUAAUAAUUUAAUGAUAUUUGUGAGGCAUUUUUUGAAGACCCAAAAAAAGUAGAUUCUGAUUAUUUUUUUACUGAAUUAUCCCAAAUGAUUGAAAAUUUAAUUGAAUAAAAGAAAUUCAUUAGAAUAAUUGAUGAAGAAACCUAAAGGAAAAAGGCAAUUGAUCAAAUAAAUUCUUAUGUACAACAAACUGAGCUUAAAAAGAAUUUGAAAGAUUAGGAUAUAGGUGAAAAUAAUGGUGAAGUAGAAAAUAGUGUAAUAAAACAAAUUGAAGAAAGAAAGUCUUAUAAAUAGUAAGUACAAGAAAUGAGAUUCCGAAGUUUAAAGUCUUUGGCAAAAAUAAAAAAGAAUAUAAAAUAGCAACGAGAAUAAUAAUAGUAAUGA